AUGCUUUCCAUACGCGCUCCUCGAUCCUUCGCCAAGAAGGAAAAGCGACCAUCGUUGUUAAAACUCAAACCCAAAUCGCCCAUAAAGAGCUAUGCUGACGCCGUCCGUGGAGAAGAAGAGCAGGGUUUAGUCUGGAUCAACCCCACGAGCGUCGGCACAGAUGCGUCUGGGAAUUGCAUUCUGUGCGAGAGCUUCAACCCCUGCUUCAAGUGCAUGGCGUCUUGCAGCACACCAGUGCGGCCCGGUUAUGAGCCACCCCAUGCCUUCCAUCUUGGCACUAUCCUCGAUCCAUUGUGGAUCGAUGGCCCAUGCGUAGGUUUCGGACACCGACCAUGGCUGUGCCCUCCCGGCUCGUGGGGGAAAAAGACGAAUAUGGACGUGUUCAAGGAUCCAGCGGCUCGACAGGUACCAUGGGUGAGAUUGCUGGAACGCUCUACCUGCAAGCUCAGGAACGGAGUGUCAUCCGGUCCAUCAAGCUACCCGCGAUCUAACAGGUUGCAGAAUGCAGAGGACAGUGCGAUUCCGUCGCUGACAUUCUCUUCAUCAUUGGACUCUGGAAGUCCAUCAAUUCCCGCCGUUCUGAACAACCUCUCCGAGUUGCACGCCAAAAUGGGGGAGGAGGAUGCGCCCUGCAUCGUUUACGCUACUGGGAACGUUGACCAGCAGACAAUCUUGGGAACACCUUUGCUCCGGGAGAAACGCGCAUACCACACAUUCGCAGAGUUUGAGAGGAGGGAAAGUACACAUCUCGUUCGUUUGGCAGCGAUCUGGGCAACAGUUCCUCCCGGUUUAAAGAAGCCUACUCUGAAGUUGUCUGAUAUAGAUUCGUGA